AGCCAUUCGGCCCCCGGGGCAGCUGGGGCGGCCCGCCCGGUGCUGGCACAAGGCCGCGCCGGCUCGCCGCAGCAUGGGCAGGCUGGAGGGCAGCGAGGCCGCUUCCAGAUCGCUGCUGCCCAGGUGUCGGCGGGAGCUGCAGGUAGCGUCGCGGAAGCAGCAGGGCGGCCUGUCUCCGCCCGCGCUGGCGCUGGGCUGCUGCCGGGGCGGUGCGCAGAGCGAGUCCCUCAGGAACGAGGUGCACCGGUUUACCGCGGGGCCUGACCUGCAGCUGCUUACGAGAUGCAGGUCCGAGGAGACGAAGGACGGGUUCGCGGAUGUGCCGCCCACCGGCCCAGGCCUUGAGGACGGCUCGGUGCGAUCCCACCGCGUGGACAGCGGCGAGGAGGGGAAGGAUUCCUCCUUCCUGACAACGACGACCGAGGAGCCAGCAGAGUUCUUCGACUGCGACGACGCUGCCACGCCCGCUUCCACGCCCGACGCGGUGACGUCGGACUCUGCCAGGUCGCAUCCAGACGCGGCGGCUGCCCAGGACACCAGAGCCAUGUGGCAGAUGCUGCACCAGUUCCUCGCCCGGGCGGACGGGCCUCCAGAGAAGCCCGAGCCGGCCCCCUGCGGCCUCAGGAGGAGCUCCAGCGUCCCGACCAGCUGCCAGGUGCUGCAGGACCCGCACCGCCAGGCGUCAGACAUCAGCGCGCUGCUGGCGCGGGGCUGGGAGCGCCCGGAGGAGGUGCGGCGCCUGCGCCACGAGCUGCGGAGGCUGCAGCAGCGGCUGGGGGCCGCCGCGGACCACCGCUGGGGCAUCACCCCGGGCAGAGGCGCGCCCGACCUCAGCCCGGUCCAGGACCGCAGCGCCCGCGGCGGCCCGCGGUGGGGCAGCCCGCCGCGG